AUGGACACCGAACAGGGACAUGGACCGGUGCCGCAGUCGCAAGGCAAGCAUCCGGCAGUGGCCUUUCUGGGGCCGGUCUCGUCAUACACGCACCAGGCAGCCAAAUCUGUGUUUCCGGGCGACGAGUGGGAGCUGCUGCCGGUGGCGACGAUCAAGGACGUGUUUGAGGCGGUGCGACUCGGGCGGGCAGCGUUUGGAGUGACACCUUUCGAGAACUCGACGCAUGGGCCGGUGACGUUUACGCUGGCAGCGCUGGCCGACCGCGACGGCGCGUAUGGGUCGCUGACGGUGUGCGACGAGGUGUAUCUGGCCGUGCAUCACUACCUUUUGGGACGACGACAGAAGCCGGCUGUCGAGGACGAGAAGAACGAGAAGAGCCAAGAGGACCGAAAGGGCGUUCCGCUGGCACGGCUGGACCACAUCGCGCGGCUGUACUCGCAUCCGCAGGGCUUCGGCCAGACGACGGCGUUUGUGCGGGCGCACCUGGCACCUGGCGUAGAGACGAUCGAUGCAAGCUCGACGAGUCGAGCAGCCGAGCUGGCAGCAGCCGAUCCGACAGGCACGAGCGCAGCCAUCUCGAGCGCGCUGGCGGCCGAGACCACCGGACUAGACGUGCUGGCACGGUGCAUCGAAGACCGGGCCGACAACACGACGCGCUUCUAUGUGUUGGGGAUGAAGGGAGCGACGGAAACGAAGAUCCAGAAGACCCAGAAAAAGACGAUCCAAGACCAGUCCAAGUCGCUCGUCUCGUUCACGGUGCCGCAUCGCAGCCCGGGCGCGCUAGCCGACGCGCUCGACUGCUUUCGCCGCGCCGGGCUCAACUUGACUAGCAUUAACAGCCUGCCUAGCUUGGUCCAGCCGUUCCAGUACCUCUUCUUUGUCGAAUUUGCGGCAGACCGGCCAGCCGACAAAACAGACGAUGAUCCGGACCAGCGCAUCCGGCAGGCCCUGGCCGGACUCGCCGAUGUGGCCGAGACCUGGCGGCUGCUGGGCACGUGGACGAAGCGAGAUUGA